AUGAUUCGCGCGUCUGUGCAGUUCGCUAACAGUCAGGGAGUCUACUAUCCAGGUCAGACGAUGGUUGGAAAAGUUAUUCUGCAACUGGACAAAUCAAUUCGGUCGAGGAAGGUUUCCUUGACAUUCGUGGGAUUUGCCCGUGCAGUGAUAGUAGAACGAAAAAUUCCGAUGCGGGAAAAAGAAUACUAUCUCGACCACAAUAUGACGUUGUGGAGUGCUCCACCGGGUCAAGACACUCUACCAUCCGGUACUCAUCAGUAUCCUUUUUCGUUCCUGUUGCCUGAACAUCUGCCAGCAUCGUUUGAAUUUGGCAAACGCACCCAGAACAAGCGUGCCCCUUGUUCCAUUCUGUAUUGGGUAGCUGUGAGAGUGGACAGACCGCUGCGUUUCGAUUUCAAGGGCAAAGCUCCUUUCACUAUCUUGGAAUGUAUUGACAUUAACCAUCCCUCUCUCCUCCGCUCGAUGAGAAGCGAAAAUGAAAAGCAGUCGUGGUGCUGUUGCUGCGCGUCUGGCGGGAUAACUCUCUCGGGUAGUGUCGAUCGGAUGGGUUACUGCCCUGAUGAGAGGAUCAAGAUAUCAGCAGUAGCUGAGAAUCACAGUGCUAGACAGCUAAACGGCCUGAGAGUCCGACUCAUGUGCGUUAUUUCUCUUUUUCCAAACACCAGAAAAGUUAGACGCAAACUAUUCAUAUCUAGAGAGAAAACAACGGGGAGGGUUAUACCUCCAGGAGAACGCGAGGAGUGGCACACUACAACAAUCAAGGUUCCUCGUCUGCUUCCUACUAUAAACACUUGCAGCAAAGUGUUGGCUCGUGAUUACUACGUUGAAGUAGCAGUCAUCAUUCCUGGAGGAACUAACCUGCGUACAUAUUUUCCAAUAAUUAUUGGUUCUGUUCCAAUGCUCCCAUCAUCCCAAAUCAGCGGUUAUCUUGCCAUCGAUAGCCAUGGCAGCAACCCACCUCUACUGGCUGUUCCUCGAUCUGCGUAUGUCACCCCAGUCACGUCACCACCACAGUCUACUACCGCUUCUGACCAGGGCACAAAUUAUGGUUCCAUCUCGUCGGAUGCUCCUCCUGCUGAUCAAGUCACAAUUGAUGAUCUCAUCACGUCAAGUCGUCCUGCUAUCAACUCGUGCAACGGAGAUCAAGAAAGAGUCGUUUCUGUUUCUCCUCCUUCAGAUCAGCCACCUUACGACGACGCAAGAGAAGACCAACCUCUACUGACUACCAGUAAUUAG